GUCAUGUUCCAGGACCACAUUUAUUGCUACUCAUUCGGUUAUCGUUGACGUAAUGCGUCGUCAAGGACUUCGAUCGGAUUUAGACCCCCUUAAAGCCACAAAGAGAUGCAUAUAUAAGGCUCGUUGUGACGACGAAAGUCAAGCCCACUUCUACCUCCUCCCUCAAACGUAUUUUGACAAGCUCGUAUCGAAAUGGCCCCACGCAUCUUCCUCAUCACAGGCACCUCAACCGGCUUCGGCGCAGAGCUGGUCAAGGUUGUUCUCAAGAACGGUGACCACGUUGUCGCGACAGCUCGCAACUCUUCAAAGCUAUCCUUCGACGGCGCCGAUUCGACCAACAGCCUCUUUGUGGAUCUCGACGUGACCAAGCAAGAGUCCGUCGAUAAAGCGUUCGACGAAGCCAUCAAGAAGUUCAAGCGAGUGGACGUCGUGGUCAACAAUGCCGGAUAUGGCCUCUCGGGCCCCUUCGAGACGCUCUCCGACAAACAAAUCCGUACGCAGAUGGAGAUCAACUUCUUUGGCCUAAUCAACGUUACCCGCAAGGCAAUGGAGAUCAUGCGGGACUUGAAGACUGGAGGUGUCAUCCAGCAAGUUACUUCUAUCGGCGGUCAAGUUGGCGUGCCUUCCUUCUCAAUCUACUGCGCGUCGAAAUGGGCUGUCGAAGGGUUUACCGAGGCAAUCUCGAAAGAGGUGAAGCCCGAAUGGGGCAUCAAGUUCACAUGCAUUGAACCAGGUGGUUUCCGUACCGACUGGUCUGGCCGUUCCAUGGACUUCGGAGAGAAGCCAAACGCAGCAUACAGUCACAUCAACGCGAAAGAGAAUGCUAGCCAGAGGCAUAUGACUCAAGCUGGCGAUCCAGUGAAGGCUGCCAAGGUCUUCUAUGAUCUUGCAGUCAUGGAUAAUCCACCGCUACGUUGCAUCGUCGGAACUGAUGCGUACUCCACCAUCAACCAGAAGCUAGACACGUAUUCCCAAAACGUGAAGGAGUUCGAGAAGUGGAGUAAUAGCACUGACGUGGAUGGCUAAGGUGCUAGAGACGAACGUUCAGCUGAGCAUCCAGGGGCAAUUGUGGGCGGCGGAGAUAUUCGUGGGCGUUCUCUUCACCGCGCUUUCUCCACUUCAACCGCACAAAUGCAAAGAGGGAAUGAUCCCGGAAAUACAGCUAAUUAAC